AUGGGAACUCCGAGCCCCCGCGACGAGCUCAUCAACCGGCUGGUGGAUCGGCGACCAGCCUGCGCCUCUCACAACAUGUACCGCUCGGGCGACUACGACUUCAUCAUCCUGCUGGCCUUCCUGGCCGCUGUGGUCGUGGUGUUUGUGCUCUUCUUCCAGUACGACUUCGGCCAGAGGGUGCAACAACGCGUGCGCAGAACGGCGACGACGAGGAGGGCCGCCUAUUACCGCGACACUGCCAGCACCGGCCCGGCCCCCGACGACCACCAGGCUGUGCCUCCCGGGGCUCUGAGAGAGGUGCCGACCCUGACCGAGCCGCCACCUUUCGAGACCUUGACACCCGAAGAGCGUGCAGUCCCCGAACAGCCGAUCACGGCCGCGCGGGCAGAAGAGCCGGUGACGAUGAUGGCGCCGGCCCCGACCGAGCGGACGUUCGACACCUGUGACGGGCCGGGCUGUCGAGAGAUGACCGAGGAACUGCGCGCCGCCCUGGACGACGGCGUGAACCCCUGCGGCGACUUCUACCAGCACGUGUGCGGCAAGUGGGUCAGGAACCACACGCCUGAACUCGGGGAGGCGCUGGUCUCCGAGCACACCUUGCGCCAUCGCCGACUGGAGAGCCAGCUGCUGGUCGAGCUGCGCUCAGGCACCGACGACGGCUCGCUGCGGUGGCCCUUGCGCUUGUGGCGAGACUGCAGCACCACCACGGGAGAGCCGCACUCGCACGACGUGCUGCGCACCAUCUUUGCCGAGCACGGGCUGGCAGGCUUUCCUUUCGGCGCAGCCGACAGCCACAGGGACAUUUCCAUCACAGCCGCCAAGGUCCUAUCGCACUCGGGGCUCCCCGCACUCAUCGACAUCCGGGUCGUCAGGAAGCCCGCGCAAGACGUCCCGCCAGCCGGCGGUCGCAGGGGCGGUAGGAAGAAGACCGGGACGCGCUCCUCCCAGGUGGACGCGCGACCGUCUCGACGCUGGGUCAUCCGCGUGGGGGCACCACAGCCGCUCUUCCGGGACUUCGUCAGCAUGCGGGACGUGCACGACGAAUGGUUCAUGGCGGCCGUGCAGAGCAUCGCGGGGACGCGCGACAUGCCCGAAAUGGUCGAGAUCGAACGGGCGCUCGUCGACCUGGCAGGACAGCGCGCCGGCGUCGACAACUACGUGCCGGCGUCGGUUGCACGGUUGCAACGCUCGCACCUCUGGAACUGGACGAGGUUUCUGCGCACCGCGCUGGACGGCGUGACGAGCGUCGAAAGCCGCACCGCGGUGCUGGUCAAGGGCGGCUCCUUCCAGCGUCGCUUCGUGAAGAUCGUCGAAAAGUUCGGCUCGCCCAGCCUGCACAACUACCUCGCACUGCGGAUGUACGUGCGGUACGCCCCGUUCCUGGACUGGAAACGGUACCGGGCGCUGGUGGACGUGGCCACCGCGCGUCUUCGAGGCUGGGAGGAUGUCGACCCGCCGGAGCACGGGGCCGAGCGCCGCUGCCUGCGAUUCCUGUCCCGCCUGGUGCCCGAGCCCUUCGCGUACAUGCUUUGGAACGCCAACAUCAGGAGUCUGCACCAACUAGAAAGCGAGCUCGGCGUCCUUACAGACCACGUGGUCGACGAGACUCUCACCCUCGUCCGGGCGUUGAACGUGACUCCGAAGCUGACGAGCCGCUUCAGGGACGUCGUUUCAGGACUCAAGCAUCAGUUGCUGGUGCCCGCGUGGAUGCGAAAGCCGAGCCUGCGCAUGAAGUUCAGCGAGCUCGUGUUCUCCGAUGCCGAAACGUCGCCCAUCGUCUCGUGGAACGCCGUCCUGAGGGCGACGUGGCGCAACGCGCAGCGCAGGCUGAUCGACAGGGGCUUCGAGACCUUCUGGCGUGGACCUGCCCUGGGCGACGAGCCGUGGCUGGACGAGGACGAAGGGUACCUGGCAGUGCCUCCCGCGUCCGUUGGUGAUAAGGAUCUCACCGGGGACGCGUUCUACGCGCUGCACCUGCCGAGGUUAGGGCUCGACUUGGCCAGGGCUGUGGUGGGACUCUUCCUCAGGAUGGCCUCCCGCCUCAAGCGAAGGUAUCCUGCGGCACACCUGAGGCUAGAACUGCUCGCCGACUGCCUGCGGAGGCAGUUUUACCAUGACAAGCAAGCCAGCGAAUUGGCCGCGCACCACGACGCAAUCGACGUCAUCGCCCUGCCCUCCGUCCUCCAUGCCUUCCGGAAGCGGUUGCUGCGGGCUCAAGGGAAUGGAACCAGUACGUCGAUGGCCGGCGACGCACGGUCGAGAUCUCGAGCCACGGACAGGCUGUUCUUCUACGAGUUCGCUCGAAGCCGGUGCGAGGCUUACGACGACGCGUACCUUCACCAGAGGACGCACAGGGGUGCGCGUUCGCCUGCCCCCUUCUCCGUCAACGGCCCGUUAAGGAACACGAAGGGGUUCGCCAGGGCGUUCCGCUGUCCUCGCGAUUCGGGCAUGCGCCCCAAACGCGUCUGUAGGUUGUAGGAGUGCGGAGCACCGACGAUGCCGCAAUCGCGUCUCGUUACAAGCGCUUAUGCUUUAUAUCGUUCCUCUUCUUUGCACUAAGCAUUUGUAAACGUUCAUUCAAUCUUCGUGUAUUUUUUCAGAUAUUCAUAAACUUCACCCAAC